AUGACCAACUGCAUUCUCUUCGCCGCCUUACUCACCUUUUUAACAUGUGCUGCUUGCAAGGCUGUUCCAAGAGACACAUCAGAAGAGCUCAAACUAACGACAAAUAAUAGUAUUGAUGGAUCACAUAGUCGAAAGGAAAAGAACUCGUCGAGUUUUAGUAUAGAAUUGGAAGAACGUUAUGGAAAAUACGUACACAUGAUAGUCUAA